GUUCUCACAAUCUCAGUGAGAUAAACAAGUAGACAAUCUACUUCUUUUCCUAAAUGGAUCGUGCUCUGUCAGGCACAUAAAUCAGACGAAAAUCGAAAUAUGUAUUGCUUAACUGUCAUUUUUACAAUUAUUGUAGCAACAUACAACUGUCUGGAGACAGAUGCCCUUUCCAUACAGCGAGGGAAUGCAUACAUCGACAAGCUCAUAUCGGAGGAAAUAGGCUACAAAUUUGAUCCUUACCUGUUAGACGAUGUAAGUAAAGGUUUCGUCAAGAAAAUCGUCUACGUGAACGUCACAGGCGAAGCUAAGCUGCACAAUGGUUUAAUUUAUGGACUCAAUACAAUACACAGAGCCAGCGAUUGCUCAUUAACGGAAAUAGAUGGUCGUCUAAAUGUAAGCGCUGUAUUGGGAGCUGGAUUGAUCGCAAUGCGCUAUGAAGGCACUGUCCGAUUCAUGAAUUACGGACCUAAAAUAGACAUAAAUGGAAUCAUUCACUAUGUUGAAGUUUUGAUGGAUUUCAGUGUAAAUGCUACGAGCGGGUUAGAUGGUGAACUUCACAGAUUUGCCAUAACCGAGCUGAAUAACGUGCAAGUAUGGAUAUCUGGACUGGGUCCGCUUAACUGGAUGAUUAAUCCCAUGUUAAAGAUGGCCAACAAAGUGUUUCGAGGGAAAGUUCAUUCUCUCCUUGAAGGAAAAGUUGAGAGUCACAUAAGUGAACGAUUGCCGAAGUUUCAAUUUCCAGUGGAAGAAAAAACGAACUAGUCGUCAGAACAGCUGUUAAGUUCUCAUAAAGUUUAUGAACAACUGUUAAAUUAAUGUCGAAUAAAAUAAUAGUGAGUGAAUUCCUCUUGUACUUUAAAGGAAAUGAACAGCUGUUAAAAGUUAAGGAAAUUUCCAAACAACUCUUAAAUUAACAUCGAAUUAAGUAAUAGUGAAUUCCUCUUGUGCCUGUAAAUGAAAUAAACAGUUGUUAAAAGUUCAUGAAAUUUCUAAACAACAGUUAAAUUAACAUCGAAUUAAGUAAUAGUGAGUGAAUUCCUCCUGUACUUUAAAUGAAAACAGCUGUUAACAGUCCAUAAUAUUUCUGAACAACUGUUAAAUUAACAUAAAAUUAAGUAACAGUGAAUUUCUCUUGUGUCUGUCAAUGAAAUGAACUUAUCAUAUGAACAACUGUUAAAUACUCAUAAAAUUUCUAAACAACUGUUAAACUAAUAUCGAAUUAAAUAAUAGUCAAUAAUAAA